AUGCCCAUGGUGGCCUCGCUCAUGGUGUGCCACCCUCCGCCCAGUCCUCCUACUCCCAGGAGGGGGGGCAACGCGAGCUAUCCCCUGGAUCGUUUCUCGCAUCUGACCGCAUCGGCUGUGGUCAGGAUGCGUAUGGCGAUGCCGGUCCAGCCCGCCUCGCCUCCGGUGGACUAUUUACAGUCCCUCGCUCCCUCCCCCCGGCGACGCAGACCAUUUCCGUCCUCCGCGGGCUCCUCGUCCCACGGCACGGCGUCCGGGUUAUGCGGAGCGAAGAACCCGUGA